AGUACCUCCUCCCUAGGACUAUACAAGGACUGAACCAGAAGGAAGAGGACAGGGCAGAGCCAUGAACAUCAUCCUGGAAAUCCUUCUGCUUCUGAUCACCAUCAUCUACUCCUACUUGGAGUCGUUGGUGAAGUUUUUCAUUCCUCAGAAGAGAAAAUCUGUGGCUGGGGAGAUUGUUUUCAUUACUGGAGCUGGGCAUGGAAUAGGCAGGCGGACUGCCUAUGAAUUUGCAAAACGACAGAGCAUACUGGUUCUGUGGGAUAUUAAUAAGCGUGGUGUGGAGGAAACUGCAGCUGAGUGCCGAAAACUAGGCGUCACUGCGCAUGCGUACGUGGUAGACUGCAGCAACAGAGAAGAAAUCUAUCGCUCUCUAAAUCAGGUGAAGAAAGAAGUGGGUGAUGUGACAAUUGUGGUGAAUAAUGCUGGGACAGUAUAUCCAGCCGAUCUUCGCAGCACCAAGGAUGAAGAGAUUACCAAAACAUUUGAGGUCAACAUCCUAGGACAUUUUUGGAUCACAAAAGCACUUCUUCCAUCGAUGAUAGAGAGAAAUCAUGGCCACAUCGUCACGGUGGCUUCAGUGUGUGGCCACGAAGUGAUUCCUUACCUCAUCCCAUAUUGUUCCAGCAAAUUUGCUGCUGUUGGCUUUCACAGAGGUCUGACAUCAGAACUUCAAGCUUUGGGAAAAACUGGUAUCAAAACCUCAUGUCUCUGCCCAGUUUUUGUGAAUACUGGGUUCACCAAAAAUCCAAGCACAAGAUUAUGGCCUGUAUUGGAGACAGAUGAAGUUGUAAGAAGUCUGAUAGAUGGAAUACUUACCAAUAAGAAAAUGAUUUUUGUUCCAUCAUAUAUCAAUAUCUUUCUGAUACUAAAGAAGUUUCUUCCUGAACGCGCCUCAGCAUUUUUAAAUCGUAUGCAGAAUAUUCAAUUUGAAGCAGUGGUUGGCAACAAAAUCAAAAUGAAAUGAAUAAAUAAGCUCCAGCCAGCGUUGUAUGCAUGAUAAUGAUAUGAAUAGUUUAGAAUCAAUGCUGCAAAGCUUUAUUUCACAUUUGUUCAGUCCUGUUAAUAUGAAAAACAUUGGUUUGGCAC